UCGAUAUUGACCGGCUCCAUGUCCAGAGGCCAUAAAAUGACCACAAUUGUUUCUAAACGACAAUCGGAUGCAGUGGCCGACAAAGUCCUCAGGAGGGCCGAGCUUGGCAAGAUUGCCUCGAAACUGCAAAAUCGACUUGCACUGGCCAAAUUCAAGACUACCCAUGGACUGGAAGACCUCACACUCGACAGCCUCGAGCCUAAAUUCGAGGAGGAGCGUAGGAGGAGACAACAGAUGCUCGAGAGCGACGUCCUCUCCGACUCCUCAUCAAGUGCCUCAGAUCUGCCUUACCCAUCGAGGACGCUAAUGAGUUCUCCGUUCAAAGCCGCCCCAAUAUUUUCCGAUGCAAUCGGUUCCAGCAACGGCAGCAGUGCCGGCUAUCAUCGCAAACGCACGUAUAAGAUGGCAUCGUUUGACCAUGCCGCAUCCAGCCCGAGCAAGCGCUUCCGGUCCUCGCCAACACCGCAUCGGUCUUCUUUUGGCACACACGGCUUUGACGUCUUGCAUCACGGUAACAGCAGCGCGGCAUGGAGGGAACAGCAUCUAUUGGCGCAGUCUUCGCCCAUCAAGCCUAAGCGACAGCAGCACUUCACCACCUCGACCGGACCAGAUGUCGCACUCUUUAAGGGCUCGCAUCGUAUCUCCGAAGCCCUAGCAACAUCACCGCCGCCGCAGAACUUUGCAGCUUUGUCAGACGACGAUGACGAUCUACUUCCGGCACAUUCGUUCAUGCGACCCGGUGGCUCCAAACACUCGCGUGCAGCAUCGCCGCCACGGACACCGCCAAUGCGCAACAGGUCGCUUAAUCGCAAGUCUAGGGAAGCCAACAACAUGUUCGGCAACGACAUGCUGAAGAACGGCAACGAGAAGACUGGCGAAGAAGGCGCGGACCUUCUACUCUACCUAGCGGCCUCUCCAUCUCCGGCAAAUCCAGGCACCAAACGCAUCAACCGAAUGGACCCGCCAUUAACACCACCGCCCAAGUCAGCCAGCCUGGCAGGCGCACUCGCCCUGCCGUCUUCCAUGAUGACCACACCAGGCGGAGGUUCCUUAUUCCCCGCAACGCCGUCGCAGACCUUUGACUUUGCGGACUUUGUCAACAUUACGCCCAGUCCAGCACCAACGCAAAAGGCAUGGCGAACUCCUGUGGUGCUGGGUGGGGGGAGGACCCCUUUGAGCGUGACGCGUAAACGUCUCACGUUUGACGACUGUUGA